AUGUUAAUCAACAACUUAAAGAAUAUCACAUUUUCAUCUGGAAAUAAAUUGAACUUUACAAUGAUUCCAAAAGAUUCAAAUAUUUCAAAGAACAAUUCAAAUAUUAAAGAUUCAUUCAAUCAAACCAGUGGAACAAAAGUUGUAAAACCUUUCUGGGCUGUUUGUCAUUUUUUCUUUAGAUUUAGAUAUAAAAUAGGCUACAAGUGGCUCUAUAGUUAUUUUAUUUUCAUACCAAGUUAUAGAAUGGAAUACACACAUCAUAAUACUAUCUCUUCAAUAGAUAUACCAACAACUACAACCACAACCAAUAUAAAUGAAUACCAACCUGCAGAUUCAUCUACAACAACAACCAUUUUGUCCGUAUCAAAUAGCGGUGCUAGAGAUGUUACUCCAGAGUCGUUACUGACAUCUACAACAGCAACAGAAACAACAACUACUACUACUACACCAACAACAGUGGUAGUUAAAAAUAAAUGUUCAUGCUCCAAGAUGUCUGCCUACAAUUCGGUGUGUCACAAUGCGUGUGGAUGCAGAAAGAAAGGUGUUGGUUGCUCACCAAAGUGUAAAUGCAAGGGUAAAUGCUACAAUGGUUUGCCAAAUGACGAGUACUUCUUUCCUGUGUGGAGAAAUGUUGUUAUCUUUCGAUUGAUUUAUCAUUUCGUCAAUCCUGCUAAAACAACAUUCUUAAUCGAGCACAACAGGAGAAAACAGAAAUUAGAAACUGACUUUCCUUCGGAUAUCGUUAUCGAUUCAUCGAAUAGAUAUUUAGUAGAUCACUAUCUCAGAGGCCGAUGUGAAUUUCAAGAAAUGAUCAACAUUCUAAGAGCUUCCAUUGAGCAGGCAGAGAGAAAAAGACUACGUAUCACAGAACAAGAAAAGAGAAAGAAACUACUGGUCGAUGCACUAGCAGUGUUCGGUCUAAAGCUGAGAUCUGACAGCACACUUUGUCAUGGCUUUAUCGAUGGAACAUUAGAAAGUAGAUGGAACAUCGAUUCAGUUGUACACGAGAUGUGCAAAAUGAAAUUCUUUUUCGAAUACUGCAAUAUUAGAAGUUACUUUGUUCGAGGUGUAUCUUUUGACCUUGCAAAACAUAUAGUUGAGCACAAGUAUGGUAUACCAGAUGUCUGGCCUUGGAUGGUUGCAACAACAACAACCACAACAACCACCGUCGAACCUCAAAAUCAGCAACAGGUUGCGAUCACCACCACCACUGACGUUUCUGCAGCAGUCACAGAAGGAAACCCACCAACUGAUAUCUCCAUCUCUGAAGAAUCUGACCAUGAAGACAAUGACAGCAGACAUAAGAAAGCUAAACUAGUCUGA